CCCGGCCCGGUCGUUGAAUCGGAUUCGGUAGGGUGUGAGACUAUGUGCUUUGAAGUGGGGGUUAUUCUCUUGCUGGAUCAAUAUUUUUGUUUCUAGGGUUUUGAAAUCAACGCUGCAAGGGAUUAAACUGACUAUUCAACAUUCGGAUUCCUCAGCAUGGACUUCCAAAUUUGGGAGAAAGAUAGAGAGAGGGCGUGAACCAGUCAAUUGUUUUAGGUGAGAAAAAAGGGGAACAGACAAAGGCCGGAAAUUUCAAUUUCAGCUAUUUAUCACGAGGCUCGAAUUUGCCACCUUCCAUGGUCUUUCCUGGAACAAGCCUUUGAUGGGUUUCACUUAGUUUGUAGAAUUUUGGUGAGGGAGUGAGAUGUUACGUGAAGAAGAUAAAGACCGCCUCUCCGGUGGAACUGGGACUCGGAGAGCUUAUUUACGGUCAGUUUCUUGGACUGAUCGCUCUCCAACGAAACCUCUCCCUAGACCACAGCCAAACAGUAAGGUGAGGUCGUGUCUGCCACCACUUCAGCCUCUUUCAAUUUCCCGGCGCAACGCAGAGGAGUGGCCUAGGGCGGGGUCCGAUGAUCUGGGUGUGUGGCCGCAUCCUCCAACCCCUGGGGGGAGAUUGGGGUCCAUUAAACCCCUUGAGAAUUCAAAUUCAGAACAACCCCAGAGAGAAUUUCAGUUCAAGAGGGAUAAGCUUGCCUUCUUUGAUAAGGAAUGCUCCAGAAUUGCAGAUCAUAUAUAUUUGGGAAGUGAUGCUGUUGCUAAGAACCGCGAAACUCUAAGGCAGAAUGGUAUCACCCAUGUCUUGAACUGUGUUGGGUUUGUUUGCCCCGAGUAUUUCAAGAGUGAUCUUGUUUACAAGACGCUUUGGUUGCAAGAUAGCCCAUCCGAGGACAUCACGAGUAUUCUUUAUGAUGUGUUUGAUUACUUUGAGGAUGUUAGAGAGCAAGGUGGGCGGGUUCUUGUUCAUUGUUGUCAGGGAGUGUCAAGAUCGAGCUCUCUGGUCAUUGCAUAUCUCAUGUGGAGGGAGGGCCAGAGCUUUGAAGAUGCAUUUCAGUAUGUGAAAGCAGCCCGAGGAGUGACUAACCCAAAUAUGGGUUUUGCUUGUCAACUCCUGCAGUGCCAGAAGAGGGUGCAUGCUGUACCAGUGAGCCCAAAUUCUGUGCUUAGGAUGUAUCGGAUGGCUCCCCACUCUCCAUAUGAUCCUCUUCAUCUUGUACCAAAAAUGUUAAGCCAUCCAGGUACACUAGGACUUGACUCUCGUGGGGCAUUUAUUGUUCAUGUCCCUUCAGCGAUAUAUGUCUGGAUUGGGAAGAAUUGCAACAUGGUGAUGUCAAAUAAUGCAAGAGCAGCUGCCUGUCAGGUCGUUCGAUAUGAGAGGGCACAGGGUCCAAUUGUGAGUAUCAAAGAAGGUGAGGAGACAUCUGAAUUUUGGGAUGCUCUUGCUGGUGGACAACUCUUAGCAGAUGGUAGCAACAAAGUGGGUUCCAGAGAUGAAAGUAGUUUGUCUUCUGAAAAGGAUAAAGUUUGUCCUGGGGUUGGCGAAAGGAAAGUUGAUGAAUACAAUCUUGAUUUUGAAAUUUUCCAUAAGGCUCUUGCUGGUGGGGUUGUUCCACCUUUUCCAUUAUCAGGAACUGGAUCUGAGACUUGUCUCCCUGCUAGGGAAAAUGGAUGGGGUCGACUAAGGCGGAAGUUUACUAGUGGCUUUAUGAAGGAAUUUGUCACAAAACUGAAUUGUGACACCAUUCAAUCCAGUCAUGGAGCAGAUAUGAUUAUAGAUACUUGUAAUGAAGUGAAACAACAGGUUUCCAUUUCUAAUCCUUUGUCACCAUCAACACCUCCAUGCGGUUCACCAGAUUCACUUCCUUGUUCCCCAAAUGGCAGCUCAAUUAGCAGUAUUGGUAAAGACAUGGAACACCCUGUUCCUCUUACUGAUCCUUUGUUGUCAGAAACACCUAACUGUGGUUCACCAGAUUCUUUCUCUCGUUUUCUGGGUGGUAGCCCUAAGUUCAGUUCCAAAUCCCCUUCACUCUCACCUUCAACCUCUGAGUAUUCCAGUUCAUUUACCUUUUCGCCCUCAUCUUCUAAUUGGUCCGAUUUGUCAUACCUUUCUUCUCAACAACCUUCACCUUCCAGCCUCGAGCCCACAGAUCCAUUCUGUGUGAAGAAUGGUUCCUCAGCAGAAGAUCCUUGUUUACUUUACAAAGGAACCCAAACUUCACUGGAAGAGGAUUUUUCUGCUAAUCAUGCGCUGAAUGGGGCAAAUACUUGUUUUCCAUGUAAAGGAACCUGUCCCUCCAUUGCUGAGCGCAGAGGGAGUAAUCCUCCACCUAGGAUGUUAUUACCCUCAGUUGAUGAACCACCUCAAGUGCCUCCGAACCUGGUAAGGUCUUGGUCCUUUUCCUUACCUGAUUUGGAUGAUGUUAUGAUGAAGGAUGUCGAUUGUGACCAGUUCGAGCAUGAAGGCAAUGGAGAAGAGCUAAUGUUAGAUGGUGAACAUUUUGGUACUGGAAAUGAGUUAGAAAGUGAGAUUGAAGAUAAGAAAGUGUAUGGUAACUUUUAUGUUCCUUUGGGUGAUACAUCUGAUAGGGUUGCAGAAGAAACAAAUCUAGCUCUUUACCAGUGGCCUACCAUGAAUAAAGUGGAGUUGUAUAACUUUGGUGUCCUUGAUUCUAGAUCAGUAUAUAUUAUGUUUGCUCCGGAUUCAAACUUGGGCACAAGUAAUCCUGAGGUUUUAUAUGUAUGGCUAGGAAGGGGUGUUUCAUAUGAAAAAGGCCAGAGUCAAUUGACUAGCAGUGAUGGCACAUGCAAGGAUAAUCAUGUCCACUGGGAGAUGGUUGGGCACAAAUUCCUUGCACAAAUGGGUUUGCGGAGUGAAGCCCUCAUUCAGGCUAACUUUCUUGGUAAUAAUCUUAUGGAACAUCCAGAUAGUCAGAGAAGGCGAGGAGCCAAUGCAGCUCCUGAACCAUCUAAACUCUUUCUCAUUUCACAAGACAGAAAACAGCAGUCACAGACUUACAGCUGAGAAAAAUUAGUGAGGAUGUCAACACCUUCUAGAACUUGGGUUCAUGAUCUGCUUGGCCUAGCGGAUAGUCCGAAUCAAUCUGUUUCAUCUUUACUACGGAAUGUUGGGCAUCCCUGGCAGUGCACGUGAUUCUGGAUCUGCUUGUAUGAUGUAUGGAGAGGAUUUAUCAUUACAACAAACAUAUACAGGAACAAGCCUGCUGUACACUAAAUAGGAAUUAGAAGUAAAUAAUAGUAUUCAAAUAAGUGAACUGGGAGCACUUUUUUUGUUCUUGUUUCUUUUGAAAUGUCAUGUCCACCUAUAGGCCGACUGCAUCAAACACCGAAGGUGUUGUUCUUUGGGUCUAAAUGAGAAGUUAAAUUCAUCUUCUACAA